AUGUACAAAGCGGUCGGUGGCCUUGGCCAUUUUGCCUUCCAAACUCAAGACAUCCCGAACCGCCUGGCCGUUUCCUCGCCCGGCUGCCAGCCACGGUGCCACGCAAAGGGUGGUGGCCCAGCUCCUAGAGAAGUUCGCCGAUACUGUAAUCUCUCACCGAGAUUCAAGCACGGUCUGCCCGGCUUCUUCCACCAUCCCAGCCUGCCAGGUCUUACCACGGGCGACGCCCGGGCCUACCUGAAGCCCGGGUGUUUGGUCCUGUCCUUGGGCCGGAUGACAGAACCUGUCGGGCAACCUGGACGGCUGGAGCCUGGAGAAAACUCGCGCUCGGCUGGCCAAAGCUCGCCAUUCAAUAUUGUCCUCAGGCAUGCUGAGCCGCCCACGAUGAGCCAUUUCAAACCUUGCUAUCGUAUUGGACAGUUCGAUACCUCGCCCAUCGUUGAUCUGGGCCAUCUUGGGGCACGCCGCAUCUCUGCACCACUACCCACCAUUACAGUCCUCGGAAAUGGCCCCGGUUACCCCCUCCCGUAA